UGUACCCUGCUACAAUUUUUGAGACUGUAUUUUGCGGGUACUUCGGACUUUAUUUUCCCGGCUUUUAUUGCGUCGGUCUUUCAAAGCGAAAGUGAGCUUUUGUUUCGAAGGCGUCGAGCGGAAGUUCUGCCUCCCGCUUUGUCGGCAGCUCGUCACCGCAGAGUCAGCAGAAGCAGUCGGCGAGGGAGAAGGAGACGACGACGCGUGCUGGGGGAGCAGGACUGGAGCGAGCGUUGCAGUCUCAGCCUCAUGCUUCCACCGGGCCGCGUCUCCUCCCUCCUCCUCACGGUGACGCUUCCGCCAUCUUUCUGAAUCAGUCACCGAGCACCAAGUCGCCCGCCGAGUCAUGGAUCUCUACUGCAUGGAGUCGGUGGCCGUGGUGAAAGCCCAGACGGACGCGACCGUCCUCCACGACGACCGGGUCCUGCAAAGCCUGCUGACCGUGGAGGACCGCUACCUGCCGCAGUGCUCCUACUUCCAGCGCGUCCAGAAGGAUAUUCAGCCGUACAUGAGGCGAGUCGUCGCGGGCUGGAUGCUCGAGGUGUGUGAGGCAGAAAGCAGCGAGGAGGACAUCUUCCCGCUGGCCAUCAAUUAUAUGGACCGAUUCCUUGCCGUGGUGCCCACCAGGAAGAAUUACCUGCAGCUGCUGGGCGCCGUGUGCAUGUUCCUGGCGUCCAAGCUGAAGGACAGCAGGCCCAUCUCCGCCGAGAAGCUCUGCAUGUACACGGACAACUCCAUCUCGCCGCUGGAGCUGCGGGACUGGGAGCUCGUGGUGCUGGGCAAGCUGAAGUGGAACAUGGCCGCCGUCACCCCCAACGACUUUGUGGAGCACAUCGUGCGCCGGCUGCCCAUCCCGGACAACAAGCUGCCGAUGGUCCGCAAACACACGCAGACCUUCAUCGCCCUGUGCGCGACAGACGACCGCCUCGCCAUGAACCCCCCCUCCAUGAUCGCCAGCGGCAGCACGGGGGCCGCCGUCUGCGGCCUGCAGCUGCACCACGCCGACCAGCGGCUGACCAGAGACAACCUGACGGACCUCCUGGCCAAGAUCACCAACACAGAAGUGGACUGUCUGCGCGCGUGCCAGGAACAGAUCGAGCGCGUCCUGGCUGCCAGCCUGCAGCAGGAGAACCGCUCCAGCGGCGCCAACAAGUCCAGGGAGCAGCAGCAGGACCAGUCCAGCACCCCUACGGACGUGCGCGAUGUCAACUUGUGAACCCCCGACCCCUUCCACGAACUUGAUUCUGCGUCCAGCGACAGCGUGACAAUCCAAGAAUUUCUAGCGAUUUAAGAAAUUUUUAAUUUCCUCCUUUUUUUUUUUUUUUUUUUUACAGUUUGCCCCCGAAUGCUUCUUGUACGCAUGUAAGAUAUUUAAGGAUCUUGAAACUUGAUAGUGCCUUAGUCCCCCCCCCCCCCUGCCGAGCGGAAGCCUGAAUAUAUUUUCAUACUUGAAGAAAAAUAGCUUAUUAAAUAUAUUCUUUUGACAGCGACAAAAAAAAUGUAUAUUUAGCUAGUAUUUAGUUAUGUUACUCUCUCAGCAUCUUAGCAGUUAUUGAGUUUAAUCGGGGGUGUUCCGCUAGCUGUUGUCGCCGACGCCUGCAGUGCUGCUGGGUGAGGGUGGGGUGGGGGGGGUGGGGGGGUCAUGCGUGAAAGGAGGAGUGGGCUGGGCCCGCUCACACCGGAAGUGGCGAGGUUGUCGUUCCGAAAGGCGGUGACGACGAGUCGGGGGCUGGGGGGGGGUCCGCGGAGGUUGCGAGCGGGACAGACGCAGGUGUUGGAAAAGAAUCGGGAAUGUAAGCUAAAAAAAAAAAAAAAAGAAAAGCAGUGGGGAGGAGAAGGUUCCUGGUUGCGGUUGAAGCGCGUCGCACCGCCAAAUUAGUUUUGGAGUUGUGGAGCGAGGUGUGACAUAGGAACAAUAUUGAUGCACUUUUAAAAAAAAAAAAAAAAGCAAAAAAAAAAACACUCCUUCGGGAUGCAGACGGGGAUGGUGGGCGAGGAGUCUUUAUUUUGGUUCGUAGGGUCUUUCACACAACCCCCCCCCCCUCCCCCUCUUAUUUUUCUCUUAUAAGUUAUUUGUUUUGGGUUUUUGUUUUUUUUUUUCUCUUCUGGGCUGGAUUCCCACACAGGGCAAUGAAAGUUGGUAGUUGAUUGUCGACCAAGAAAAGACCAGUCAAAUGUAGACUUUUUUUUUUUUUUUUUGUGUUUGUUUUUGUUUUAUUUAAUCGUACUUGAAAUGUCAUAGCCAAGCCUUCCUUUUCUAGUUCUAUCCCCGGGGGGGGGGGUUGUUUGCAUUCAACUCUCGGAAGUUUGCCGUCAAAAUAUCUGCAUGCGUGUGUGCUGGUGGGGUUUUCGUCGUGUGAUACUUAAGUCUAUGUAGAAGUUUAAAAAAAAAAAGAGCACACAAAUGCCCCCCCCCGCGCACAUGUUGUGAAACGUUCCCAUUUCAGGUGUUUGCAGAGAAAAAUGUCAAAAGGGUUGAACGAGUUCAUUCCAAAGCAAAAAAAAAAACACGAAAAGUUGACGGACGUCAUUUCUCUUUGCUGCUACAAAAAGCUUUUUUUUCCCCCCUCCCACCCCCCCUUUCUUCCCCCUUCUUUUCGCUCGUCUUAACAAUUAAAUUGUGAUUCACUUG